AUGCGACGAGAGGGAUACGGUGGGCGCGCCGACGCGCACGGUGAUAGUCGAAGAUAUAAAUUUGGGUUGCCCGCCACGACGACCACGCCGGAAAAGUGCGCGAUACCGCUUACGAGUGGGAGAUUUAAAUCUUUAGAGGGCGAUUCGGUCGAGACGAGUGCGGACGCGCCGCGCGACGCGUUGGACGUCUGGCGCGACGAGAGCGACGAGUCGAUCGAUAGGGCGUGUUUGAUGGUUUUGAGGAGUGAGUUCGGGGAGACGGGGCGACGCGCGAGCGAGGGAGACGCGCGAAACAGAGGUGAGAGCGCCGCGCGCGAGAGAGCCGAACGAGGUGCCGGGAGUUCAAUCGUCUCGGAUCGAGCGCGGGAGUUCACGCGAGGACGUGCACGCUGGCGGCCCGACGACGAAGAGAUUUGGCGCGAGCGAAAAAGGCGAAUGACGGCGCGCAGAGUGGACGCGCCGAUGAUCGGAGCGUGCGAGACGGGCGAGCACGAGCGCGCGUUGUCACAGUGGCAGACCGUCGUUUCCGAGAGAGCGCGAUUUCGAUCAAGAUUACGAGCGAUGGCGGGCGGAAUCGAGAACUUGGGGAAUUCGUGCUACAUAUCGGCGACGUUACAAAUGCUCAAGAGCCUGGAUGGUUUCGUCGAGGACGUUAAUGCGAUCGGAUGGAAUGAUCUAGCGCGCAAGCCGAUUCUUGCGGCGCUCGCACGAUUCUUCGUUCAAGACGAAGGCAAGGUUCUGAGCGCGGCUGAGAUCAAGCGAGAGAUGGCUAAAGUAGGACCGUACGGUGACUUCGAUCAACAGGACGCGAUGGAGUUCUUGACCGUGAUGUUAGAGUCGAUUGAGCGCGAGAUGGGCGAGGACGUUGAACGAUGUCCCUCUCGCAGAAAUUUUGCUUGGCGCAUUGCGCACACAAUGAAGUGUGGCAUGUGCGGUGAUAUCACGACGGUAGACGAAUCGAUGUACGCUCUGACGCUCCAAGUGGUCGCCGUGUCGCGACACUCGAUCGAACAACUCCUCACGAACUCGUUCGAACCGGAGAUGCUCGAGCGUACAUGUGAUCGAAGCGGUUGUUUCGGCCGAACGUGCUUGUCGUCUAGAUACGUUAUGUCGAAACCGAAAGUGUUGCUUCUGCAUCUGAAACGCUUUUCUGCUAGCUACGAUGCAGAUACGAAUGAGAUGCAGUUGCAUAAGAUCGCGUCGAAUAUUCGACUACCGAUGAAUUUGACGCUACCCAUGAAUCUGAACAGAGUCGAGGCCAAGAAAUCGCCGUCAAACUCCAGAUCGGAAGACCAGAAGAUCAACGAUGGACUGUCGAGUGACGAGAUAUUAUCCGGAACUCCGGCUACGCAUACACCGAGAGUUCCAGUGCAAACGCGAUCACGCGUCGCCGAAGACAACGAAACCUUCGGCUUGCGCUCCGUGGUCGGCCACAUCGGUGCGACUCUCGAACUGGGACAUUACAUCACGCAUCGCCGUGAAAACGGAUCCAACAACUGGAAGACUUUUGACGACGAGCGUGUGACUCGAUACAUCGCUGCCAUCGAUCGAGACGAUAACUCAUUCUUCGCAUCCUCUCCUCAAGAGUUCGAGCGCGAGUGCUACGUCAUCGCGUACGAUCGAACGAAAAACUUAGGAUGA